AUGGCGGUGAAGAUCGGCAUCAACGGAUUUGGACGCAUCGGUCGCAUGGUUUUCCAGGCCAUCUGCGACCAGGGACUUUUGGGCUCCAAGCUCGACGUCGUCGGCGUGGUCGAUAUGUCCACCGACGCGGAGUACUUCGCUUACCAGAUGAAGUAUGACACCGUUCAUGGCCAGUUCAAGCACGACGUGAAGAUCGGUGAGAAGGACGAGCUGAUCGUGAACGGAAACAAGAUCAAGUGCAUCCAGGCCAGCCGCGAAGGCCCCAAGGCUUUGCCUUGGAAGGACAUGGGGGUGAAGUAUGUCAUCGAGUCCACUGGCCUCUUCGUGGAGUACGAGAAGGCAGUCGGCCACAUCGAGGCAGGUGCAGAGAAGGUGAUCAUCUCGGCCCCGGGCAAGGGCAACCUGAAGACCCUGGUCUGCGGCGUGAACCACACGGAGUACGACAAGGCC